CUCACAGAUAGCAUGUGUGAGCUGUUGAAUCGAGACUGGGAGUUUCGCCCACAAUUCAAGUUUGCUUGUGCCCAGCUUUUAGCAGGUUCAAUUCUAUUGAAUUGCAACAACAACGAAGCUGUCAUGUUAAAUACAGUCGAAUCAUAUGGAAGAACAAAAGAUGUGGACGCUCAUCGA